GCGCAGCGCACGGACAGGCGAGUCCGCACCGACGUCCAGGCCCGGGAGCUCGGUCCGGGGGCCCGGAAGGAUGCGACUCGCGUUGUAGCGGCCCGCGGGGGGCGGGGAGGCCGCCGUGAGGAGGCGGAGCCGAGAGCCCGCCAGUCCGCCGGGGCCGCCGCCACGGUCCUCUGCUCUCCUCCCCGCUCGCCACCGCACGCCCCCACCCCGGGCCGGCUCGCCUCCAUCGCGGCCGCGGCUUCCGUCCUCCGUAGCUGCGCCGCCGGAGGAAACGGAAGAAAGCGCAAGCCAUGGAGGGGAACCGGGAUGAGGCGGAGAAAUGUGUCGAGAUCGCCCGGGAGGCCCUGAACGCCGGCAACCGCGAGAAGGCCCAGCGCUUCCUGCAGAAGGCGGAGAAGCUCUACCCACUGCCCUCGGCCCGCGCACUAUUGGAAAUAAUUAUGAAAAAUGGAAGCACGGCUGGAAAUAGCCCUCACUGCCGAAAACCAUCAGGUUGUGGUGACCAAAACAAGCCUAAUUGCACGAAGGACAGCAUAUCUGGUAGUGGUGAAAGUGGAAAAGGCUACACCAAAGAUCAAGUAGAUGGAGUUCUCAGCAUAAACAAAUGUAAAAAUUACUAUGAAGUACUUGGAGUUACCAAAGAUGCUGGUGAUGAAGAUUUGAAAAAAGCUUAUAGAAAGCUUGCUUUGAAGUUUCAUCCAGACAAAAACCAUGCACCUGGAGCAACAGAUGCUUUUAAAAAGAUUGGAAAUGCUUAUGCUGUUUUAAGCAAUCCAGAAAAACGAAAACAAUAUGACCUCACGGGCAAUGAAGAACAAGCAUGUAAUCACCAGAACAAUGGUAGAUUUAAUUUCCAUAGAGGUUGUGAAGCUGAUAUAACUCCAGAAGACUUGUUUAAUAUAUUCUUUGGUGGUGGAUUUCCUUCAGGUAGCGUACAUUCAUUUUCAAAUGGACGAGCUGGUUAUAGCCAUCAACAUCAGCAUCGACAUAGUGGACAUGAACGAGAAGAAGAAAGAGGAGAUGGAGGUUUUUCUGUGUUUAUCCAGCUGAUGCCCAUUAUUGUAUUGAUCCUCGUGUCAUUAUUAAGCCAAUUGAUGGUCUCUAAUCCUCCUUAUUCCUUAUAUCCCAGAUCUGGAUCAGGGCAAACUAUUAAAAUGCAGACAGAAAACUUGGGUGUCGUUUAUUAUGUCAACAAGGACUUUAAAAAUGAAUAUAAAGGAAUGUUAUUACAAAAAGUAGAAAAGAGUGUGGAAGAAGAUUAUGUGACUAAUAUUCGAAAUAAUUGCUGGAAAGAAAGACAACAAAAAACAGAUAUGCAGUAUGCCGCAAAAGUAUACCGUGAUGAUCGUCUCCGAAGGAAGGCAGAUGCCUUGAGCAUGGACAACUGUAAAGAAUUGGAGCGGCUGACCAGUAUUUAUAAAGGAGGAUGAACUGGGAUUGUGUUUAUACCUUCUAGUGUACUCUUAAUUUCUUCCGUAAGUAAGUUUAGUUUCAUCAUGAGAGCUAAAGAAAAAGAUUGGAUGUUAACAACGAAACUGAAUGGUUGGUCCCUGAAAUCUUGGACUGUUUGUGACCUACUGGCUCCUUUAAAUAGUAAGGAACUGAAAACUAAAAGUAACAUUUUCGUUAUGCUUCUGCAGUUAUUUUCACUUUAAAAGCGUACUACAUUAUUCCUAAAUAAAAUGUUGUGAGAAAGGAUUAUCACACCUGUGGCAGUUUCCAGUUUUAGUAGUUCUCCAUGUUUCCUUUUGUCAUGUAAAUAUUUCUGGAAUGAUCAUUUUGUGUACAUACGGGUUACUACAUUUUUAUUUAAAUUCUUUCAGCAUUUAGCUCCAUGAGACACUUUAGUUUAAACUGAUAGAAUAAAUGUCCUAUGAGAAAAUUACGUUUUCCUUGUCAGAUGUCGAAUGUUGGUGGAGUUCAAGCAAUGAAACUUUUUCAAAAAGAAAAGAAAAAACAAAAGCUGUUUAACUUUGUGUAAAUCUUGUAGCAUUAUCAGCUUAGAGGGAAUUGAUAUUUUUAAUAUUGCCAUUAUAUUCCAGAAUAUAUAUUGAGAUAAAUGAACUGGUGUAGAGUAUCAGUUUGCUAUUUAGUUUUAUGAAUUGCUAAGCCAUGCAUAGAAAUGAAAUGCUAUACUGAUAGAUUUUAAAGAAAAUAUGAGGAAAUGGCUAUGUAGAUAUUAAACAGAAAGGGUCUUCAACAGUAAAUUGCACUUACGUCAUUUGCAAUUCCAAUAAUUAUAAGCCCCUCAAAUGUUUAUAUAUCUGUCAUUGAAGGUUGCUCAGAUUUAUGAAGAAGAAGACCCACCUGUUUUGUCCCCCAUGGAAAUUUUACUUUUUUCUUAGUUAUCAUUUAAGCAGGAUCUCAAGUAAAUGGGUUCUUCUACAAAUGAGUAAUAAAAAAAAAAUACUACUAAAAUGAAGCUUCGUGCCUUUUAACCUGAUUGCCAACUCUUAAACAUAUAAGUAGAUUACAGCACACUUAUUUGAUCAGAGCAUGAUCUGUUUGGCCAUAUGCAACAGUGAGCAGAAAUAUAGCAGCAGGUAGAAUAGUGAUUUAUAGCAAGUUAUCCUUACAAAAUUCUGAGCUAAAAAUCUAUUCACCAUUGAGUAAUUCAAUUAGUCUAAUAGGAAUAAGCUGUCUGUAAUUCAAUCCAUAAUAUAAAUUAGAAAAAUAAGCUGGAAAUUGAAGUUUUUGGUGCCUGUAUAUUGAGUAUGAACCUAUUUGAUUUCUAGUCUAACAGCUGUAAUAUUUUAAUGAUUUUGCUUCAUACUCAGUUAAUGGAACACAAAUGCAUCUUUGGUAGUUUUUUUUUAGUAUGUGAGGGGAUGCCAGUUAGAGUGGCAGUGUUCUUUUAUUUAAAGAUUUUUUUUCUGAAUGUAGUGAAUUUUAUAGCACCUGUUGAAUAAAACCGCUAAAAUGAUCAUUCUUUUUAAAAAUGUUCUCUGAUAUCCCCUUUCCAGGUGAAUCAGUAGAAAUACCUGAAUGAAUUAGUGGGUUAAACGAAACAACAUACUGUUCCAGGAAAACUGGACAGCUAAACCAGUUUUCUUUUAGAAAUAUUUAAAGAAAUAAAAUAAUAGCAGUGCU